GCUGAGCCGGCGGCUGGACCGCGGCCCCUCGGUACCGGCAGCGGCUCCGAGCCCCGCCGAGCCGCCUCCUGCCCGGUGUCGCAGCACAGGGGCAGCCAUGGGCAAGCACAGCAGCAAGCUGGCCCCGGAGAUGCUGGAUGACCUGGUGAGGAGCACGGAGUUCAGCGAGCAGGAGCUGAAGCAGUGGUACAAGGGCUUCCUCAAGGACUGCCCCACCGGCAUCCUCAACCUGGAGGAGUUCCAGCAGCUCUACAUCAAGUUUUUCCCCUAUGGAGACGCCUCCAAGUUUGCCCAGCACGCUUUCCGCACCUUUGACAAGAACGGGGACGGCACCAUCGACUUCAGGGAGUUCAUCUGUGCCCUGUCUGUCACCUCCAGGGGCACCUUUGAGCAGAAACUCAACUGGGCCUUUGAGAUGUACGACCUGGAUGGGGAUGGGAAGAUCACACGCCUGGAGAUGCUGGAGAUCAUUGAGGCCAUUUACAAGAUGGUGGGGACUGUGAUCAUGAUGAGGAUGAACCAGGACGGGCUGACACCCCAGCAGAGAGUGGACAAGAUCUUCACAAAGAUGGACAAGGACAAGGAUGACCAGAUCUCCCUGGAGGAGUUCAAGGAGGCGGCCAAGAGCGACCCCUCCAUCGUCCUGCUGCUGCAGUGUGACAUGCAAAAAUAGAGCCCUGGACUGGCUGCAGCCAAACUCUGCCCCCUGUGAUGGUUUCAAUACCCAUUUUCCCUCCUUUUUAAGCCCAGGCAUGAGCCACAUUCCAUCCCUCCUGCUGCCCCUGCAUCCUGGGCAGCCCCUGUUCCACACCCUGCCAGGGCAGAGCCUGCUCUGAGUGUUGUCACCCUGUCCCACCCUGAGCUGGACACCCUGCAGCCACUGCUGUGUCCUGGCUGAGCAGGGACAGCUGUUCCCACAUCCCUGUGCCUUUCUCCUGCUUUCCCCUGGCCCAUUCCCUGAUCCUGAGAUCAACUCUGUCCCCUUCCUGCUGGUUUUCCCCUCAAUUCAUGGCUUGUGAUGUGUCCAGGGAGGCUGAAAAAGUCCCAAGUCCUGCUCCUGGUCCCUCCUUCACUGGCAAUUCCCUGGAAGGCUGCCUGGAGAGGCCAGGGCAGGGUCCUGCACCACUUUAGUUCUUCCACCUUUUUCCUGCUGGGAGCAGCCUGGGUUGGUCAGGACUCUUGAGAGGAGAAGAGAAUUGUCCAAAUCCAGCCCUGGAUGUGGUCCCAUCCCAGAACCACCUUCCAUCCCAUCAGGUGGGUGACAUCCACAGCCUGCUCUGUGACAUUUCUGACCCUCCUGGACAUUGAGGUGACACCUGCAGCCCCAAACUGGAGGUGAGAUCAGGAGUGUGGGUGUGGAAGGCAGGUCCUGGUGCUGCUCCUGGUGUGUGUGGCACUGCUGUGGGGACAGCUGGCAGGUCCUGGUGCUGCUCCUGGUGGGGACAGCUGGCUGCUGGAUGAGGGCUGUGGGGAGACCUGGAUGGGUCCUGAACCUGCUGAGCCUCCUGGCAAAGCUCUGAGGCCACAAGAAACAAAUCUGUCUCCUUCCUCCCCCCCUCCCAGGCUGGUGUUUAGUCUGGCCAGGCUGGUGUUUAGUCUGCACGUUGUGGUGUUGAUGGCUGUGGUGUCUGUUAGGAGAUGGUGAAGUCUUUACCUAUUUUUUUAAUGGAAAAAAUAAACUGUCCCCUGUGUGUG